AAUCUGUAAAAUGACUUUGCGCAUUUUAAUCUAAAUUAUUUGAUUGGCUAAUUUUUUCCCUGAAUGUAAAUGUCAUUAUCCUAUCAUAAUAAUCCGUAGUCAUUUGCAAACGAUAGGGUGGGGGGAAUGAGCUGAAGGUGUAGUUUUGUUUAUAGGUUAGGUAUGAAAAAGCCUUUUGAUUUAUUGUUAACAAUGACCUUUGCUCUUUCAAUUGGAUAGAUUUUUCCAUAAUAUAUCACUCAAUUAGAUCUCGAGAAAUGAAAAAUAGAUCGUCUCAAUGAGAAAAAAACGUAGAAAAUACCGUAAAAAUGAACGCAGUUAUUGGGAUGUGCACUUUUUGUGAGGUGCAUGGACCGAGGGUCGUCUUUACAACGCAGACUUACAAAACUUACGACAAAGAUGAUAACAACACUAGAAAAUUGAAGUUUUACGGACCCAGAGAGGUUCUACAAGAAGCUAAUACAAGAAGGUUGACAAGUACUGGAGGUCAGAGGAAAGAGUGUGAGGGAUGUGAGGGCCUGGGGAAUGUCAAGUACUUGAGCAAUGAUCAUGAAAACAGAACGUCGUUUGUAUCUGCCAAGGAGCCACUGACUGAGGAGGUUACUAAUCUACUUGCACAUGCUUGUAUCAGAAGUUUGAGCUGCGAGCUUCAUCUAGGAAAAAAUGGAGUUUGUUAUUUUGGCGAUGAUACACGAGGUCAUGUCCUUAGUCAUGCCUUUACUCUGAAAGAUGCCCAGGCGAGAGGUAUACGAAGAUCAUGCAGUUUCAUUAUUUUUAUGAAAGAUAAACAAUUUUUGCUCAAUAUGUGGCCUUUUUUUGUGGAUAAUCUUCGGCAAGUCAUUAAAGAGCUGCAGGACUUUGCCGAGAAGCAGUAUGCUACUGACGAGAAUGCUAAUCCUCAAAGAGCUGCCAGACUAUCUUCAGCAAGUGGGGGACUACAUGCUAAUCGAGAAACUGCCAGAGGCAUGCCGAGGGGAUUGCCAGAAAUCACUAAUGAGGAACAUAUUUUCGUUAGAAUCCACAUGUGGCUGGUUUGGAUCUUAAGUGCAGGUGCUCGACACUUCGUUGAGUCCUCAGCAACACUGGACAGUCCAUUGUCGGGAUUUCUGAUUAGAUACCAAGAUUUUACUGAAAAUCCCGAAUUUUCUGAAAUCUCAAAGAAAAAAUUUGCUACUACUAUUCUACGCGAAAUUUCACAGCAAAUAUCGAGAGAACACUUUAAACAACUUCUGUUUGCAUGCCUCACUGGAAUUCAGGUAGUUGUGAGAGGCCCAAAUAACCAAGCACGAGAACUUCUUUAUGCUUUGAGCUCUCUGGUUCCAAGGUCUUGCAGGAGAAUCCAAGUCGACGCAGACGAAUAUAAAGGCAUCAAUGAAUGCAAUUUCCUGGGUGUUAAUACUCUCGUAGCAGUUCCAGUUCCGUCUCCCCACAUCUGCAGGCUCGACAUAAUCCCCGAAGAGCUCAAAAACUCCCACCAGCAAUCUUUAAUUCUGAGAUGGGCCGGUAAAUUACCCCAAAAAUUACCAACACUCGUCAGUAAACUCGAAAAAUAUAUUCACAAUGAGAAACUCGAGCACAAUGUAUUACGAGCACAAUUUAUUGCUAUCCAGGAGGAAUGGGCGAAUAUCGCUAAAAUUGUGCAUGCAAUGCGAGGACGUGGCCACCGGGGCGAUCUCUCUGGUCUCAUCAUGAGUUUAGGUGCUGGCAAACAUGACCUAGGACUGAUUGAUUCUUGGUCGAUGGGUCUCCCCUCGAAUCCUGCGUGAAUUGACAUAUCUAUAUUCUGUUCAUUUCUGUUCAUUAAUUUUUUUUAAUUUGGUUGUAAUAAUUUAUUGAAGAAAAAUAUUUAAAAAUUGAGAAGGGCAAAUUGUGCGAGCUUGUUAAUAAUUUUUCUCACAUUGAUGAACACGGUAGAGCCCUUGAUUAAGGUUGGCUUUAAAAAAUUUGCAGUCACAUUUUUAAUGGAAAAAAUGGCAACCUAUUCACUUAUUGUUCUUUAAUUAUUUAUUAAUUAUUUUUCUCAUGCGAUAAGACGUCCGCAGCUGCUUUCAUUGCUGUAAAAAAAAUAAUGAUUAAUAAAUUUUUUACAUAUGUCACAAAUAUUUUUAAAAGGAUAAAACAUAGAAAGUCUGUCAGAUCUUUUUUCAGGAAAGUUUCAUUAAUCGAUAUUGUGGACUUCUUCAUUCCGGAGCCACUCCCGGAAGGAUAAAUUUAACAGUUUGAAUUAUUGUAUUUGUACAAGUUCGUUUAAAAAAUAAAAAUGAUAAAACACCAUUAAA